UUUGGCUGCUCCCUGUGUGUGUGGGGUCGCCACAGCGGACCAACUGGUCCGCACACCAACUUGGCACAGGUUUUACGCCGGAUGCCCUUCUUGACCCAACCCUCCCAUUUUAUCCGGUCUUGGGACCAGCACUGCAUCCAGUGGCUAGGGGUUGGGCACUGGCUGGGAAUCGAACCCGGGUCUUCCGCAUGUCAUCAUGAAAUAGAAGUCUUCAGUAACAUCUAAAACAAGAUGGCAGCAGCUGAAGGUGCUCCGGCAGUCCAGCGGCCUGUGCUGCGGAAAUGCAGCAGCAGCCUUGUGGAACCACCUACUAUGAGUACAUCGUUGAGGAUUAUCAUGUUUGGAAGCUCUGGUCAUCAGCAGUUCUCUCUGACCGAGUCGAUCCUGCAGCGAGCGGUGUUUACCGGCGCUGAUCCUCACACUAUACUGACCACUAAAACUUCAGGAGAGAUCCUUAACAAAAAAGUGACUCUGGUCAACACCCCAAAUCUCGUCGAUCACGAUUUAUUUCACUAUACGUUGAAAAAAGAGCUGAAGAAGGCGGUUUGUUUUUCCUGUCCAGGGCCACAUGCUGUCCUGUUCACACUAAAUCCAUCAGAAAUACCCUCAAAUGUGUACGACAUUUAUAAACCGUUAGUGCGCUACUUUGGAGAUCAAAUCUUGAAAUACACAAUGAUUGUUUUAUACCAUGAAGAAGAGGAGUUGAGCGAGUCAGAAGACAGUAUGAAGGAAAAUAAACAGUUCAAGAAGCUUCUUGAGGACUGUGGCCAAAGAUAUCUGGUCUUCAGUGGAAUGAAGAACAGGAGUGAGGGUGAAAUGACAAGGCAGCUGUUUGAGGAAAUAGAAAAGAUGGUGGCAGAACAUGGGAUUUUUUCUAACUCGGAAUUUGAAGAUGCUGAUAAACGAAUCAGGAAAGAGGAAAAAAUCCUCCAAGAUCACAGAAAGAAGGAGGUCAGUGCAAUGCUGGAGGAACUGAAGAAGAAGCAUUCUCAGGAUGAUCUGGGAAGAGAAACUGAGCAUUAUGAAGAAAAGAUCAGGUUAGAGAACAGGGAAAAGGCAGAGAUGCAGAUCGCAGAGAGACUCGGCUUCACUCUCAGACUUGUGGAUUAUGCAGCGGCUGUAGGAAAAGGAGCAUUUGCAGGGGCGGUGUUAGCGGGGGCGAUGGGGUUUCCAGGUAUGGCUGUAGGAGCAGUGGUUGGUGCAGCACUCGGUUGUUUGUUAGGUGGUGCAGCUACAGCAGCUUGGAACAUUGUCUCUAAUGCUUUGGCAGAUUUUGGUAGACAUGCAGCUUAAACUCAAUUGUAGACAUUCACCUGUAGACAUCAGCGGGUUUAAUGGCUAAAUAAGGGAGGUCUAGUCUUGUCAGACUGUCUUACUUUUUAUGAUAACGGUUGAUGAACAGGUCAGGAAUUCCAGAAAUUGGUGGUAAAACCCUAAACCGUACCAUUGCAGUUUUCUGUAAAUCCAAUGCUUUAUCCAUUGCACAGUAUUUCAUCACUUAAUGUAUUUCCAGCUUUCGGCUUUGUGCUAUGUUAACAUAUCAUGUCACUUUAUUACCUAGCUUAUGUUGCACAAAUAAACCAUACAAUCACUGAUAAUCUUCAGCACAAGCGAUCGCGUAUAAUUUGUAGUCGGAAGCAAAUCCGAAUGCAGGAGAAAUGGGAAAUUAAGGCAAUACAAUUGGGGAAAAAACAAUAGGAAAUAAGAAGUUGAGGCAAAGUGCAUACAGAACAUACAGAACUUCCAAACCAAGAAAAUAAAUAAAACGAGCGAGAGCCGGAGACACGAAGGUCUGUUAUUUAUGAAAAUCCAUUAAAAACCAGAUGUCUUAAAUCCACAUUACCAGCAUUUUCUUUACUGUUCUGCUGCUUGAAUGCAGUUCAGUUUAUUUGGAGCAGAUCUAAAGACAUGAUCUUUGGACCCAGUUUUGUUUACUCCUCCUUAUAUGGAGGGACAGUGUGCUCAUGACUUCAUCCAUCAAUCGUCUAUACCCGCUUUAUUCCUAAUGAGGGUCACGGGGAUCUGCUGGAGCCUAUUCAUUUCGCAAAUUCAUUAGGCUGCUGUCACUUUAAGAAUCACACAACCUACACACCUUAGUGUGGUGGGAAUUUCCCACAGUAUGAACAGUACACUCAAUCCAGCACCAAAGUCCUGUUCUAGUAGUGGCUAAAGGUGUGUGUGUGUGUGUGUGUUGUGGGGAGGGGUAGAGCUUAAUUUUAGUUUUUUAAAUGAAUUGAAAAAUAAAAUAAACAAGAAAAUAAAAAAACAAACAAAUUACAAACAGAAGAACAGAACUGUUUAUUAUUUAAUUAUUACUAAAGUAUAACAAAAUUAUUAACAAUUUAAACUACUGAAGUUUGUUUUUAAUUAAAAUUAAUGACAGUGCAGCAAAUUCAUGAGGCUGCUGUCACUUUAAGAAUCACACAACCUACACACCUUAGUGUGGUGGGAAUUUCCCACAGUAUGAACAGUACACUCAAUCCAGCACCAAAGUCCUGUUCUAGUAGUGGUUAAAGGGGUGUGUGUGUGUGAGUGUGUGUGUGUGAGUGUGUGUGUGUGUGUGUGUCUGUAUACUCCAGGGACGUGCACAGGGAGGAGGGGGGGCGUGGCUUGAGCCACUGCCCGCUUGCCUUUACAGGCCGAGGUGCCCUUAGAGAACGUUAAAGAUUUUUGUACUCCACUCCGGGUUUUACUUUUCUCUCUCGCUCCCCAGCAGCAGCAGUCUCUCACAGCCACUCCACACUCCACUCCGCUAUUUCUCACUCAGUCCCAAGCGGUCAGUCACACAGUCACUCGAUUCGCCCAGUCCGCAGGAAUAUAAAAUACCAAAAUAGUAUUGCUUUAAAAGUAUUAUUUUGAUACACUGUUUAUAGUUCUGUUGGUAAUGAAUUGUUCUUGUUCUUGGUCUUUUGUUAGUGCAGUUAGUAACAGUGUUAUGAAAUAUUCGCGUUUUUAGAAGGUCCAAUAAAAUUAUUAUUGGACGCGAUCUGAUUUAAUAUGAACAUAAACAACACCAAAGUUUGCCAUUUAUUGUACACUUUGCAGACGAAUGCCAAUGCCUUCUCAAAAAAGAAGGCAGAGACAGAGAGAGAAAGAGAGAAGCUACUAAAGGCAGUGGAACCUUGUAUAGCUGGUUUCAGACCUCCAGCAGGUCAAUCGUUUACCAAAACAUUUAGCAAGCAAUUUGUCACACUUUUUUCACAACUCUUGUGAAGUAUGGUUCUUCUAAAAAUAUAUAAUUUAUCAUUAUAAAUGUAAUUAUAAACGUGUUGCAUAUAGUAUAGCUGUGUGUGCCUGCGUGUGUGUGUGUUGUAUAGCAGUAAAGUAGUAUCAGUAAUAAUGAAAUU